CUAUCUCCAGUGAAUGCUCAUUUCAAGCUUUCAUUGCUAUCUUUCUGUGUCUUUUUUCUCACUUCAUAAUCAACAACAAAUAUAUUAUAUAAAAAUCUUGUAUCAACCGCUACUCUUAUUACUCAAUUCUUGAUUUCUUGUCCAUAUGUGUUAUUUGAAUGCUAUGUAUUUUAGGCCCUAAAGGACAACAAGUGAACCACACCACACCACUAUAUGGCAACUACUACUACACAUGUCAAAUUCCAAACCCAACACAUUAAACCCAAACGUCGUCGUUGCCGUGAGACCACCAUUACUUCUUCCUCCUCUUCUGAUUCUUCGCCUACCACCUGUUCGACACAAUGUCUGAACGAAACUCGUAAGCUUGAUACACCUACUAUUGUUUCUCCUGAAAACUCAUGGUGUUGUCCUGCUUCUAAAUCUACUGUCACACCCCCUCCACCCUCGCCGCCGUCAUCCAUCUCCGCUUCCUCCUCGCCUUCAAAUCUCAAGAUCUCAUAUUCGCCAACUACAUUUCCUAAAGUUAUGGAAUCUCUCGGCAGUACAGCAACAGCCACCUUUUACGGUAGUGGAGGAGGUACUCCUAUCCCAAACAACAACACCCACGAAGCAUUUCCGUCAUCUUUCAGCAAAUUCAACUCUGCACUCACAGCUGGGCUUUUAAACCCUAUGUCACCGCCACCUUCUAUGGACAACAAGACUCGUUCAAGCCCGACCCUUUUCGAAAUGAUGGCAAAUGAACCCGAAUGUAUUCCAAGAUCAACAAUCAACAAUGCACCCAUUUCGAAUGGGGGCUUAAAUCAGAAGCUUUCUACUUCCCUUAUGCCACAAGACAAACAGGCCUUAAUGCAACAGCGACUUUUGGAUCUUUUAUCCUGUAGGAGCCCGGGGAAUCAGUUUAAUGAUUCGGGUUCGAGUGAUGUGAAGUUAACACUGAGUUCUAAGGAUGGUUUCAGUGUUGCUAUGAAUGUUCAUAGGCAGAUCUUGGUGGCUCAUAGUAGGUUUUUUGCUGUAAAGUUGUCUGAGAAAUGGGUAAAGCAACAGAGAAAUUCGGGUCCUUACAUUGUUGAGAUUGCAGAUUGUGAUGAUAUUGAAGUGUAUAUUGAGACCUUGAGAUUAAUGUAUUGCAAGGAUUUGAGGAAAAAGCUCAUGAAAGAAGAUGUUCCCAAAGUCCUUGGAAUCUUAAAGGUUUCAGCGGCAAUUGGGUUUGAUGCGGGGGUGUUGUCGUGCCUGGAGUACUUGGAGGCUGCUCCUUGGGCUGAGGAUGAAGAAGAAAAGGUAGCUUCACUACUGUCUGAGCUUCGUCUUGAAGGGGUAGGUGCUGGGGAAGUUUUAAGGAGGGUAUCUCUUGAUGUUACAUCAGGGACAGAGAGUGCAAAUGGGAAUGAGGAAGUACUUCUCAAGUUAUUGCAUGUGGUUCUUGAAGGGAAGGAUGAGAAGGCGAGGCGAGAGAUGAAAGGCUUAGUAUCCAAAAUGUUGCAUGAGAAUUCAUCUCAUAACGACUUGAGAAAGGAGUCACUGUAUUCAGCUUGCAAUGCAUGUCUGCAAUUGCUUCGCCACCAGUUUUUACGGGCAGCAGACGCAGACAUGGCGGAUGUGGGUCAGAUUGCACGACAGGCUGAUAAUCUGCAUUGGAUUUUGGAUAUCUUGAUUGAUAGACAGAUAGCUGAAGAUUUUUUGAGGACUUGGGCUUCUCAGUCUGAAUUAUCUGCGGCACAUCCUAAGGUGCCUGCACUUCAUAGGUAUGAGGUUAGUAGGGUCACGGCUAGACUGUUUGUUGGAAUUGGUAAAGGGCAAUUACUCGCUUCCAAGGAUGCUAGGUGCUCUCUUUUGCAGACAUGGUUAGUGCCAUUCUAUGAGGAUUUUGGAUGGAUGAGGAGGGCAUCAAGAGGUCUUGACCGGCAUUUAAUUGAAGAUGGUCUCAGUAAUACUAUUCUGACCCUACCAAUGGCAUUGCAGCAAGAAAUUUUAACGUCUUGGUUUGAUCGGUUUUUAAACUCCGGUGAUGACUGCCCGAAUAUCCAGAGAGGAUUUGAGAUUUGGUGGAGAAGGGCUUUCUGGAGGCGAAAUGGCGAGCCUGAACGGCCUCGUCAAAUGCGUGUCAUGACUGCAACAAUUGAGAACUCUUGAGACUUAACCAGUGAAGAGAAGAAGGGCCACGUCCUCUCUAUGGUUGUCUUGUUCCAACUCUUGCUAUUCUGUAGCCCUCAUCUUAUACCAAUUCUUUUUUUCCUUCUUCCUUUGAAGCAAGUAGCACAUUUUGAUACUGCAGAGUCAAACUUAUGGAGAUGAUCAUGAUCCCAGGUUUAAUCUGGGAGAAAGCAGGCACUUUUUUUCUGUUUAGGUGUCAUGUGAUAUGAAUAUAGUUUCUUUCUAAUCCCAUGUAGAGCUCUCUCGUCUGUGACUAAAUUUCCUGAAUUAGUGGUUUUAAGUUCACAAAGAGUCAUCCCACUUAAAAGUUGUGCAAUAUCCUGAAUGCUAAAUUCUGUUACUGGGAUGAUUCAUAUAUUCAGUAUAUCAAGACAUGGAUAACUAAUUUGAGCAAGCUAACGAAGUUGAGGUAAUUUGGGAGAUAAUGGUGAUUGUCACUGCUUAUGAGGCGACAUUGAUACUGGUUUUGUGGUGGCAAUGCCAAGGGUGCAGCAAGAUGGUGAAUUGCUUAUUGUCUUAGAUUUUCAUGUAUCUUGAGAUCAUCUGCUGGCAAAGUGUGGAAGCAAGACUGAUAGUCAUCGCAUUUCUGGUUGCUAAUGAAAUUCAUUACAUCUAUGCACCUUGUGAGCCAGUCUCUGCUUAGGACUAGAUGUACUGUUUUUCCCUCGCGUGAAUACUGUAGCACGAUAUUCCCUAGUGUGAAUUCUGAAGUUCUUCAAUGUUCUUUCCAUUGUUUCUCAUUCCUUGUUGACCAAAUUUUCUGAAGUUUACCUUGUUGCAUGAUGUUUAACUUUCCAAUUACUAAUUUUGUUUUGCAUGAAUAAUGAGUUUAAUUCUAUGAUGCUGUUCUUCUAUGUACUA